GGAAUCAUUCGAGGUAGUGUGAGACACAAACGCGCCACGGCACCACACCCAGUGUACCCACCAUUGCGUCAAGGGACACAACACGGCCAUGCGUGUCGCGGUGAUUUUGCUGGCGUGCGUCGUCGCGCUCUGCUCGGCGCAGUUUCCAGACGGGCACAGACCAAUACCGAUCCCAAUACGAUCGGCGCGCUAUCAGAAAUUGCCGGCACCCCCGCGACCAAGCCCCGGAUCGCCGGCCGUUUUUCCCAAUCAACCCAAUCAACCCAAUCGACUUCGACGACCGAUCGCUUUCAGACCGCGAGGCCCCGGAGACGAUGCGCCCGGCACGUUCCGUCCCGUCCGACCGAAUCUUCCGGUCGCCGCGCCUCCUCCUUUCGUUCAUCAAGUGAAGCCGGUGAACGAGGACACCGAGGAGGAUGACAUACCGCGCGAGCACGGCGACAUCGAGGAUUCUCGCGAUCAGAGCCAGGAACCGAACAGCGAAGAGGAGGUGAGCGAGGAGGUGCCGCGUACAUCGCCGAGUCCUGUGUCGCGUAUCUCGUCAGCGGCUCCCGGACCGAUAGUUUAUCGGCCGCCUCAAGCGGUGACACCGACAAGCGUCCGGGGAAGUCCCGCAACACCUCCGCCACCGCCGCCGCCGCCGCCAAUUCAGUACCGACCUACGCAGAAGCCAACAAAGGCUCCGAGGAAGCAAAUUGUCGACGACAUAGCGUACAGACAGCCGAUCAAAGCGCCGCCGCCAAAGCCGCUGAAGCCGUCCCAAGAUUACGAAAUUCGCGGCAAAAAACCAGUAGCGCAGAUCAUUAGGAGAUAUCGGCACGACAAUGACGACGGUUCCAUCACGUGGGGUUUCGAGAACGAUGACGGAUCGUACAAGGAGGAGACGAUCGGUGUCGAUUGCAUAACGAGCGGCAAGUACGGAUACAUCGAUCCGGACGGUAUUCGACGCGAGUACACGUACGAGACCGGAAUCAAGUGCGACGAGGAGCAACGAGAGGAGGACGAGGAGAAUGGCUUCGUCGACUAUCAGGAGAACAAGCUGGUGCUUCCGGACGGGAAGACCAUCGAUCUCUCGUCGAUGGGCAAAAAGCAAGCGCGUCGACCGCAGUUUCAGUACAGAAAUUAAGAGCGCAGAUUGAUUCGCGCAUACUUUACACAUACUCGCCAUUAUCUCCUCGUCGCACUUGCAUCUUAUAAAUUUCAUGAGAUCAUUCAUGUUUUUGUUUUUUUUUUUUUUUUGUAAGAGUAAAUUUGAUAAAAAAUAAGUUAAGAGAUAUCGAGAUAUUAUAGCAAUACCAAUAAUACGUAUUGUAACUCUCAUGUAAGAUUACAUACACACAUGUAAGAUUACAUACGCUCGCAUACACACAAUAAUAUCCAUAGUGUAUAUAUAUAAUAUAUAAAUUAGAGUUGUAAUAAAUAAGUUAAUUAUAA